AUGCGGCGAGAUGCUUCUCCAGGCGAGAGGCAAGCAGCAAGCAUACUGGAUCGUUUGUCUCUUUCUUUUUUCACAGUGGGGCUGGGCCUCGUUGUGUUGGCAGCAGGACUGUCAGCAAAGAAGAAAAGAUGUGGGAAGCAGCAGCGCCUUCCGCUGCAUCAGCUGACGGGCGCAGACGCGGAAGCAGCAGCAGAGCCGAACGCGGCAAGAGCAGCAGCAGCAGCAGAAAGGGCAGCAGCGGCAGCAGCAGAAAGGGCAGCAGCAGCAGCGGCAGAAAGGGCAGCAGCAGCAGCAACGGCAGCAGCAAAAGCAGCGCACGCAAAGGCACCGGAUAGUGCGCUGUCAGCACCGGCAGUGACGCCCUCAGCAAGGAUGCAAACAGGAGCAGCAGCACCAGGAGCAGCAGCAGCACAAACUGCAGCAAUUUCAGCAGCAGAAACAGGGCCAGAGCCAGAAGACACGUCGAUGCCGAUAAUAUAUGAAGUGUCUGUGGUAGCAGCAGCACGAAGAAGAGCGCCAGCAGCAAAAGCAAAGCCAGGAGAAGCCACAACAUCAACUGCAGCAGCUCCAGCAGCAACAGACACGCUGCCAGCAGCAGCAACGCAACCACCAACAGCUGCAGCAGCAGAAGACACACCAGCAGCAGCAGCAGCAACACCAGAAACGCCACCACCAGUGGCAUCACUGGCUCGAGAAGCAGCAGCGCCGACAGCAGCAGCAGCACGACUCGAAGCAGCAGCACACGUAGCAGCAACAGCACAACUAGCAGCAGCAGCACAGCUGGCAACAAUGGUAAUGGCGUCAGCAGCAGUAAACGAAGCAACAAAGCAAGCAGCAGAAGCAGCACCAGCAGCAGAUGCGGCGCUUGCAGUAGCAGCACUAGCAGCAGCAGCAGCAGCAGAAGCAGCAUCACUUGGUGCAGCAACGUCAGCAGCAGAAGCACCGCCAGCAGCAACAUCAGCAGCAGAAGCAGCAGCAACAGGAACUGCAGCACUAGCUGCGGCAGCAACAGCAGUGACAGAAGCAAUAGAGGCAGCAGCAGAAGCAGCAGCAGCAUCACAAACGGAUGAAGAGAAAGCAGCAGCAGCGUUAGCAGCGGCCGCGUUAGCAGCAGCAGCAGCAGAGAUGCCGCCAGCGGCACCUCGAGAAGCAGCAGAACCAGCAGCAGCACUGCCAGCAACAGCAAAAGACCCAGAAGCCACAGCAGCAGCAACGCCACCAGAGCGACACGCAGCAGAGGAAACACAACCAGCAGCAGCAACACAACCAACAGCAGCAGCAGCAGCAACACAACCAACAGCAGCAGCAGCAGCAACACCAGAAAUGACAGACGAAGCAGAGGCAAUACAACCAGCAGCAGCACCAGCAGCAACACCACCACUAACAGCAGCAGUAGCAGCAACACCAGCAACAACACCAGAAACGACAGACGAAGCAGAGGCAGCACAACCAGCAGCAGCAACAUCGCCAGCAGCAGCAGCAGCAGCAACACCAGCAACAACACCAGAAACGACAGACGAAGCAGAGGCAGCACAACCAGCAGCAGCAGCACCGCCACCAGGAGCAGCAGCAGCAACACCAGCAACAACACCACAAACGAAAGACGAAGCAGAGGCAGCACAACCAGCAGCAACACAACCAACAGCAGCAGCAGCAGCAACACAACCAACAGCAGUAGCAGCCCCAGCACCAGCAGCAACACCAGGAACGAUACACGGAGCAGAGGCAACACAACCAGCAGCAGCAACACAACCAACAGCAGCAGCCGCAGCAACACAACGAACAGCAGCACCAGCACCAGCAGCAACAGCAGAAACGAUGCACGGAGCAGAGGCAACACAACCAGCAGCAGCAACACAACCAACAGCAGCAGCAGCAGCAACACCAGAAACGACAGACGAAGCAGAGGCAAUACAACCAGCAGCAGCAACACAACCAACAGCAGCAGCAGCAGCAACACCAGCAGCAACACCAGAAACGACGGACGAAGCAGAGGCAAUACAAUCAGCAGCAGCAACAGAACCAACAGCAGCACCAGCGCCAGCACCAGCAGCAACACCAGAAACGACACAGGCAGCAGAGGCAACACAACCAGCAGCAGCAACACAACCAACAGCAGCAGUAGCAACACCACCAACAACAGCAGCAGCAGCAACACCAGGAACGACAGACGAAGCAGAGCCAACACAACUAGCAGCAGCAACACAACCAACAGCAGCAGCAGCAGCAACACCAGAAACGACACAGGCAGCAGAGGCAACACAACCAGCAGCAGCAACACAACCAGCAGCAGCAUCAGCAGCAACACCAGCAGCAACACCAGAAUCGGCACACGAAGCAGAGGCAACACAACCAGCAACAGCAACACAACCAGCAGCAGCAGCAGCAACAACACCACCAACAGCAGCACCAGCAGCAACACCAGCAGCGACACCAGCAGCAACACCAGAAGCGACCCACGCAGCAAAGGCAACACAACCAGCAGCAGCAAUACCGCCAACAACAGCAGCAGCAGCAACACCACCAACAGCAGCAGUAGCAGCAACACCAGCAGCAACACCAGCAGCAACACCAGGAACGACGCACGCAGCAGGGGCAGCACAACCAGCAACAGUAACGCCAGCAGCAGCAGCAGCAGCAGAUGCACCACAUCGAGAAAGAACACUGACAGCAACAGCAACAUUGGCAGCAGCAGCACAUGUAGGAGCAACGGUGGCGGAAACAGCAACAGCACCAGCAGCAGCAGUACCACCAGGAGCCCCACCAACAGUAGCAGCAGCAGCUGUACCACCAGAAGCACCAGCAGCAGCAGCAGUACCACCAGAAGCACCAGCAGCAGCAGCAGAACCACCAGAAGCACCAGCAGCAGCAGUAGCAGCCCCACCCAAAUCCAAGCCAACAGCAGCAGCAGAAACAGAACCUGCAGAAGCAACAACAACAGAUGAAGAAGAAGCAGCACCAGCAACACCGACAGAAGCAACACCACCGGCAGCAGCAGCGCCACCAGCGGCAGCAGCAGCAGCAGCAGCAGCGCCACCAGCAGCAGCAGCAGCAGCAGCAGCGCCACCAGCAGCAGCACAGCCGCAGCAGCGGAGGAGAGGGUAA